AGAAACCAGCACAAUGAACGUGUAUAUAUAUUUUUGUAAUAUUAUUAGUAUAUCGUAAAGUACAAAAACACCCUUAUAAACCCCAAAUAUUUUUCCCAUUAUUAUCCUUCACUGAUCAAGUUCCUCAAACACUCGUCAACACCUCAACAAUAUAAAGAUAGUUCCUCAAAGCCCUCAUCCCCUUCAAUUUCAACCAAUUUCUUCUUGUUAUUCCCAUUUCUCUUCGAAAUCUUCUCCAUAUUCGCAAAUCUGACCUAGCCACAACUACCGAACACUUUAGCAAUAACAGCCUCACAACUCCGCCGCACUCACAGUCGCCACCACUGUCACUCUUGCUCUCCUGCUCCAGAUGAUGUUGUCUGCACUCACAGAAUUUUGAUAAUUGCUUGUUUAAUUAGGAAUUUGUUUAAUUGCAGCAUCCAAUGGAAGGUGUUGAUGCACUAAUAGGUGGUGAUAAACUGGUUCUAAAGGGAUUGAGUUUUUAUGGUUUUCAUGGAGCCUUGAAGGAAGAAAAGAUUUUGGGGCAGAAGUUUUUUGUAGAUAUAGAUGCUUGGAUGGAUCUCAAACCAGCCGGAAAAUCUGAUAACUUGUCUGAUUCUUUUAGUUAUGUCGAAAUAUAUCGUAUAGCUAAGGAAGUUAUUGAAGGACCAGCUCAAAAUCUUCUGGAGUCGGUGGCCCAAAAAAUUGCAAUCUCCACUUUGGAAAUUCACAAAGAGAUAUCUGCUGUUCGUGUGAAGGUUGGAAAGCCUCAUGUUGCAAUUCCGGGUCCGCUUGAUUACUUGGGUGUUGAGAUUUUGAGACGCAGAAGUGAUUUGACAGAUUAGAACUUUCAUAUUUGAUAAUCUGUUUUUUUUUUUUUUUAUGUUCUCCAAUUAUAUUUGAUACAAUAAUACUACUACUCUUUCUUAGCAUACCGUCAGAACUAAAAAAAUGCAGUGAGAUACUGUUAUUUUUUAACUGCAAAAGAGUAUCUGAGUAAUGUUUAUAUGUUUAUAUGUAAUCAUGUUAAUUAAUAAGUUAUUCAUCUGUAAUUCUUUUCCUCA